UGUUGUUCGUGCUGCGGCCGCCUGAGUCGGGGAGGUGCUCGGCGGCGUCUCCCUGGUUGCUCUGGAGCCGGGUCGCGUGGUCGCCCGUCCGCUUACCUGCCCGUCUGCCCGCGUCCUGCCAUGGGGAGCACCGAGAGCUGCGAGGGCCGCAGGGUCUCCUUCGGAAUGGACGAGGAGGAGCGGGUCCGGGUGCUGCAGGGCAUCCGGCUGUCUGAGAAUGUGGUCCACCGCAUGAAGGAUCCCGGCCUGCCCGCAGAAGGCCAGCAUCCAGCCCCUCCGCCUGCAACUCUGGACCGAGGCUGCAUAGCAACCCAGCAAGAACCCAAACUGCCUGGGUCCGAGACAAGUGGUGGCCGGCAGCCCUCAGCAGUGAAGGAGGAUCUCAAGAGGUUCAGACAGGAGCAGGCCACAGUCCAGGAUGAGCUGUUCCAGGUGGUGAAGCAGGAAAGAGAGGCAGCUGCCAAGCACUUGACAGCAGCCCUGCCUGCAGAGGAGGGCAGUGCUGACCAGGAGAAGCAGCAGUCAGCCCGCCUGGCCAGGGAGCUGGAGAGCAGAGAGGCAGAACUCAGACGCCGUGACACCUUCUACCAGGAGCAGCUGGGGCGCAUUGAGAGGAAGAAUGCCGAGAUGUAUAAACUGUCCUCACAGCAAUUCCACGAGGCAGCUUCGAAAGCAGAGAAUACAAUCAAGCAACCAUCUGUUCCUCCGCUCUCUCACCUGAAUCUGAGGCCCCGCAGGGUGGAGCCCGUGUGCUCGGGGCUGCAGACCCAGAUCCUUCGCUGUUACCGUGACCACGCACACGAGGUGCUGCUGUGCUCAGACCUGGUCAAGGCCUACCAGCACUGCGUUUGCGCGAGCGCCGCCCACAAGGGCUGAGGAGCAGCCACCACACCUAGUGCCGGGCACCAGUUUGCAGCUGUGACCAAAGGACCAGCCAUGGGACCACAGACACAGACCCCAGGCCGUGCCACUGUGCCCUGCCCUUCCUCUAAGCUCGGCCACCAUGUAUUUAGAAACAGAAUGUGCUGCUGUCCGAAAACAAAUAAAGCAGAUGCCUUUGUUUUCAGUCA